AUGAUGGAUACUCUAUCUAGAUGUUUCAACGGACUUCAAGAAAGAUGCGAGAGCGUUCUAGAAGCAAAAACAAUUUACAGAGACGACUUAGACAUAACGUUGCCUCUCAAUGCAUCAGAGGUUUCAGUAGAACCCACCAAGAAGUCUCGUUGCUUGGAGAGAGCCAAGAGGAUUGACAAAUCCCUGAGGUUCGAAGAGGAAGAGGAAGAGAUGGCAAAUCCACUGGACAAGAAAGAAGGUCAAAAGCCACGUAAGGUUGUGAGGUUUCAGUUAGAGAAUAAUAAAAUCAUCGAGCCGAAGAAGCCGGUGAAGUUCGAUCUUGAUCAAGAACUUGAACCAGAGGAGAAGCCGCUGGAGGAGAAAGAGGGUUUAAAUAUAGUUAAAAGAAAGGAGGAGGUUGUGAGGAUUAAGAUCAAGAUGACAAAGCAUGAAGCUCAAAGGCUACUAGGGAAAUGCAAAAACGAUAGUGUUUUGGAUUUCGAGCAUGUGGUGGACCAGAUAACACACGUCCCGGUUCAUCAGCUUCAAGUCUCUGUGGUUAUGGUUGCUUCUCUCAAAGAAAAGCAGAAUGUAGCAUUGAAUAAACGAGACCGCCAAGGACGUAUCAUCAUUGUUUAG